AUGCGGAACCGGCUAAGCCUCCAAGCCUGGGUUGAGUCUAUUCAGACAGCUGCCCAGGCUGAUGAUGAGGAGUGGCGGCGAAGGCUCGCCGAGAUGGGAAAUACUUUCGUCCAGGACACUCUAUCGCGGAACGGAUAUGAUGAAGGGAAGUGCCGCAACGUACUUGUCAGAUACUGUGCACACAUACCCCGGAACUAUCAAUACCGGGACGGUGUUCAACUUGUGUUUCUGGUCCUGCGCGAACACCUCGGAGACGAGAAUCUGGAUUUAGCUGGAGGCGUGCUAUACGAGUUGAUCGAAAUUGACUGCCAAUAUUCCGACGACCCGGGUGCUGAGUUUCAACGCUGGAAACAUGAUCAUCUUAAUCGACAUGCUUUCAGACUAUUACCCAUCGACAAGGAAACGGAGAAGAGCAACUUGGACAACAAUCCCGAUGACGACAACAUUUAUGCGAAUAGUUGGCUCACCAACAUGUUCGGACUGGAAACCGUCCUGUCUUUUCGCGCAUCUCCCAAUCCGAAGCCUGUGCCUCUGCCUGAAGGCUGCGUGACGCCGCAUGCAAUUUUCGCUAGGAAGUUUUCCUUGAUAGCCGAUAGCCAACCUCUACCGCUGUCGCUGUCUCACGAGAUGAUGCCUACGGCGGACAUCAAGGCCAGGAAGCUGUUGGCGGAUGCUGCCGUACAGGGGCUGAUGAGCCCUUCCUAG